GCGUGGUUGCUUUGGAAACUGAAACUGAAAAACCUGUUUCGGAUCCUUCAACUACCGUCACGGAUUUCUUCUCUCUCUCACACACACACACACACUCUGCUAUACUACUUUUAGGCCUAUAUAUCGUCAAUCGCAAAGAAAGAGUGUCGGGAAAAAUGGCGAUUUCGUCAGUUGAAGUAUUGAAGAGUGCGAGGUUAAGGUUUCCGAGAGCUACGGUGGCUUCUACUUUGAUGCCAACACAGUCUCUGAGAGUCUAUUCUAGUCACUGCUGCUCAGUGGAGUACUUUCCGAGUAGUUUGAGGGCAAUUUUUCUGAACUCUGGUGCUCGAACUAGAACUUCGGCCACGGUGAGAGAAAAAGGAGAGAAAAUGGAGGACCACCCUCUUGUUGAUGAUGCAUUGUCGAUGGGCACCGUCGACGACAGGGAGGUUGUAGAUGAGCCCCCGGAGUUGCAGGAGCGAGAUUUUUCUGGCACCCCUUAUGUUCCCAUAUAUGUGAUGCUACCACUAGGCAUCAUUAAUAUGGACUGUGAGCUGCUUGAUCUUGAUGAUUUGCAAAUCCAGCUAAGGACAUUGAAGUCAGUCAAUGUCGACGGAGUGAUGGUUGAUUGCUGGUGGGGCAUAGUAGAGGCACAUGCUCCACAACAAUAUAACUGGAACGGCUACAAGAAGCUCUUUCAGAUUGUGCGUGACCUUAAGCUUAAGUUACAGGUUGUUAUGUCAUUUCACAAAUGUGGAGGCAAUGUUGGUGAUGAUGUUCAUAUUCCACUCCCUCAAUGGGUGACAGAAAUUGGUCAAAGAAAUCCUGACAUAUUUUUCACAGACAGAGAAGGAAGACGCAACCCUGAAUGUCUCACUUGGGGAAUCGACAAGGAAAGGGUUUUAAGAGGCCGGACUGCUGUUGAGGUUUACUUUGAUUACAUGAGAAGCUUCCGGGUAGAAUUUGAUGAGUUCUUUGAGAACGGAAUCAUCUCUGAGAUUGAAAUUGGAUUAGGUCCAUGUGGAGAGCUUCGGUACCCUUCUUAUCCUGCAAACUUUGGUUGGAAGUAUCCUGGUAUUGGCGAAUUCCAGUGCUAUGAUCAGUAUUUAAUGAAAAGUCUGAAGAAGGCAGCAGAAGCAAGGGGGCACUCAUUUUGGGGUAAAGGACCGGAUAAUGCUGGUUCCUAUAAUUCCCGGCCACAUGAUACCAGGUUUUUUUGUGAUGGAGGUGAUUAUGAUGGCUAUUAUGGCAGAUUCUUUCUCAAUUGGUACUCUCAGGUUCUGAUUGAUCAUGGUGAUCGGGUACUUGCACUGGCAAAUUUGGCUUUUGAAGACACUCCCAUUGCCACGAAGCUAUCAGGUAUUCAUUGGUGGUACAAGACAGCCAGCCAUGCUGCUGAAUUGACUGCUGGGUUUUACAACCCAUGCAAUCGUGAUGGCUAUGGUCCAGUUGCGUUGAUGUUAAGGAAGCAUGGGGCUGCUCUCAAUUUCACAUGUGUUGAGUUGCGUACAUUAGACCAGCACGAGGACUUCCCAGAGGCUCUGGCUGACCCCGAGGGAUUAGUUUGGCAGGUGCUAAAUGCGGCAUGGGAUGUCAACAUACCAGUUGCAAGUGAGAAUGCUCUUCCUUGCUAUGAUAGAGAAGGGUAUAACAAGAUACUGGAAAAUUCCAAGCCCUUGACGGAUCCAGAUGGGAGGCAUUUAUCGGCUUUUACCUAUCUCAGGCUUAGCUCAGUUCUCAUGGAGACACACAACUUCAGGGAGUUUGAACGAUUCAUCAAGAGAAUGCAUGGUAGGAUCGCAAUGUUGUUCAUCUGUUUGUUUAAAUCCCUUCUCUGCCAAUGCAUGCACUUUAUUGUUGGCAGUGGCUUUUAAAUUUGGAUCAAAACUCACUAUGACUAUGACAGUACUAGCUUGUUUGGAAGAGCUCACCAUCUCCCUAUGAUACUGCUUUAAGUAUGUGUAAAAGGUGGAAAUUUUUUGUUUUGUUUCGUUUUGAUCGUUUCUUCCCUUAGCUAGACUGCUAGCGCGAUAACAAAAUCACAUUUGCACACUAUAGAUUCCUUAGAGAGAGUUUGAUCACCUAGCCGAGGUGGUGGAGCCCUUGUGACCUUUGAUUCUCUAUUUUCAUUGGCAUGUUUCAAAGUGUCACCUUUUUCUGUGUCGCUAUGGCAAUGUGGCAUCCAUACUUGACCUUUUAGACCUAUUUCUCGCUCAUGUCACAAACGGCCCUUAUGUGCCCUGUCUUUGCAUAUUUGGUUGGGCAUUCAGCAUUGAAUCAAAUUGAUAUACUCUUGAUUUUUACCUAGUUGACAUUUCCCCAGAUCUACUAGCUCUGACAUCCUUUGAUUCUGGUUUGGACGCACUUUAGAACUAACCUGUGAUAUUGCUGGUCCUGAGCCCAGAAGGGGCUUUCCGCAGAGAGAUGGCUAGUGUAAGAUAAUUGGUGUAAUUGAGCAACUUUGCAUGGGUUUCUUGUAUCCACCUAGACCGACGACCUAUUGACUGUGCCAAACAAACAGUCCCCCCCUCCUUUUUUAUUUUCUUGUUCAGUCGGUAUCUAAAAUGGUUCUUUGUUUUUUUAAGGGCCCUUUAAGGCAUCCUUUUUCAGAACUUUUAGAUCAUAUGUGACCACUCUUCAGUUUCCAGUCACUGGGGACAUGUGCCUGCCUCAAAAUCUUUUUUGGCUUUGUGGCCAUCUUGCAUACUUUAGGUAACACUGUCUUGUUUGCUCACUACAUAAAUAGAAUGGGACAUCUCUUUGUAGGUAGGAGAAGCAGUUUUCAGCUCACAUUAGUCUUUUCUACUGAAAUAUGAUCAAAGACAAUUGACCUUGGCUUCCUUUUCUAUUGCAGGGGAAGCAGUUUUGGAUCUUCAUUCAUUUUCUGACUCAGAAAACUAACAUUCGGCUGAUGAACUGCCCGGCUUCUACUAAGUUAGAAAACUGAUGUUAAUUAGUAUAUGCAGGAUCUGCCAGUGGCAUUAUAACAUGAUGUUUGUCGGAUAAGUGCAAAAAAUGUUCCGACUAUGGUGAGGUAGCUGGAAAGAGGUUGCAAAAUUGAAGAGCUGGUGGAGGCUGUCUUGGCUUCAUUUGACCUAUAAAGGAUGAAGAAGGUAACCAUAAAAGCCCCUUACCUUGAAAGCCCCUUCUUUGUCCUGUUUGUAUUCUAAAAGAAAUGUUCCAUAAUCGUUUGGAACUUAUGUUUUGAUUAGUUGUGUAUAAAUCUGACCUCUACAAACAAUAUAAAUAUAUAGAUCAUGGAUAUGUGAAAGGUGACCCUCUUGUGAUAAAAAGUGGAAAAUGC